AUGAAAAUUGAAGCGUUAAAUGCAAUCGACAAACGAGUGAAUUACUUUUAUUCAAUACAAAUGGAUAAUGAACGUGAAGAAGACGAUGAAAUUGAUUUAACAGUUAUUCAACGUACAUCAUCAAUGGAUUCACUUGAACAAAAUGAAUCAAAUAACCAAAAUCUUCGUUUUGUUAGUGGUUGUCAUAAAUGGAUAAAUACAAAUAAUAAUAAUAAUAAUAUUCGUGUAGAAAAAUCAUAUAUUAUUAAUAAUGAUAAUGAAAAUUUAAUUGAUGAAAAAAAAUUUUCAAUUAUUAAUAAUAAAAAUAAAAUUGAAAAUAAAGAUGAUGAAAAUAUUUGUAACUCAAAUCAAAUGGAUUUAGCACUUAAUCAUUUUGAUAUACAAUUACAAGUUAAUAAUGGUCAACUUGAACAAGCUACUCGUUAUGGAGUUUUUUCAUCAUUAUUAUCUAAAGAUUUAAAUCUUGUUAAAAUAGAUCAAUAUUCACAAACAAUUGAACCUGAAAUGGAUGUGGAUACUAGAAAUGGAAAUAAUAAUCAUUAUUCGAAACAAUAUAAUGGAAAUAGUAAUAAUAAUACUACUAAUAAUAAUAAUGGUUCAUAUCAAAGAAAUUAUCAAACAAAUGGAUCAUCAGGAAAUGGUGGAAAUGGAAAUGGAUCAAAUCGAAAUAAUAAUAAUAAUAAUAAUCCAAGACGACCUAAUGAUGAUGGUAGUGGAGACAAUGAAGAUGAUGAUGAUGAAAAUGAAACAGAUGAAAGUUUAGCUCGUCGAUUAGGUUUUCGACCAAUUGAUAAUGAUGUCCUACGUGUAAUAGGUCGUAUACGUCGUUUAACAAAUAAAAAAUCAUUUGAUAAACAAGAUUUUGAAAAUAUUCAAUAUUUAAUUGAUGAAUUAAUAAGUUUACAACGUUUAGAAAAUAGUUCCGAAGAACAUUUAAAAAAAAUUAUUCAUUAUCUUAAACUUUAUCGUAUAUUACGUACAAAAUCUCAUGCAUUACAAUUUAUACAAGAACGUUUACCACAACGUACAGUUCGAUCUAAUAAUGAAAAUAAUUCAAAUGUAUUUAAUAUUUGGCGUGAACGAGAAAGACGUGCUAGAAUUGAUUCAAAAGAUAGUUUAGAAGAUGAAGGACAAAAUACAAAUGGACAACAAUCACAAGAUAGAAUAGAUUUAAAUUAUUCAACAUCAUCAAUUAUUCAUUCAAAUAAUUCUACUAAUAAAUCAAAAGUUAAACAAAUGGCAAAACAUAUUGAUACAAGAUCAGCAUCAUCACGUACAGGAGAUUAUAUACGAAGUUCAUCACCAUCAUUAAUAAAUCCAAAUCAAGCUUCUGAUCGUUUAUAUAAUGAAGUAUUUCUUGAAGAUCGUUCACGAACAAGAAGACAUGUAUCACCAAUAUCAUCAUCGGAACAGCGUCGUGUACGACAAAUGGUUGAUCGUCUUGAAUCUUCGUCAACACCAACACCAACACCAACAACAAAUACACAAGGAACAAAAAAGAAUUCAAUAAAUAAAUCUUUUCAUGAAGAAUAUUCAAAUACAUCAACAAAUUUUCCAUCAUCACCAAAUAUUCAACGAGUAACAAGACGAGAAAAUCAAGAAUAUGGUUUAACAAAUGGAAGUUUUGGUUUUCGUCAUAGAAGUCCAUAUGAAGAAAAUUAUAUUCAAGAUAAUAGUUCAAAUAUGAGAAGAUUCGAAUCUGAUCAAAACAAACUUAUAAGUUCAGGACGACGUACUGUUAGUGGAACAUAUAAUGACGACUAUAUGCCUUCUCUUAAUCCGAAUGCUGAAACGUCUGUUUCAAUGGUUCGUGAUAUUCGUACUCGUUUUUAUGAAGAUGAUUCAACUCCAUCACGUACUCAUCAUCAUCAUGAUAAUAUACCAGUUAAAGUUGAUGUUGAAACAUUGUAUAUAUUAGAACAAAAAGCUGUACCAUCAAAUCCUAAUAUUUAUACAUCUGAUUAUGGAUUUAAUCGUUCAUCAACAUUAGAUCGACAUGAUUUUGCUGCACAAACAACAAUACCAACAACAACAACAACAACUAUAAAACCAUCUUAUCGGCCAAUAGGUACACAAGUUAAUACAACAGUUGAACAUAAUACAGUUGGUGCUCAAACAACAGAUUCAUUACAUCGACCAAUAAGAGAACGGCAAUGUAUACAAAUAGAAUCUAAUGAAAAUGAUGAAGCAAAUGAAAUUAUACGAAAAAAAACAACAACAACAACAACAAAAUAUGAAGUUAAACGACGUCAUUCAAGUCAUGAUACAAGUGAAGAUGAAGAUGAACCUGGUACAACAACUAUUGUUUAUACUGAUGAUAAAGAAAAUUUUCAAACAAUAACAACUGAUAAUCAAAUAAAAGAUAUUCCUGAACAACGUACAUCAUAUGUUCAAGUUUCAUCACAUGAACGUACUGAUCAAAUAAGUGAUACAAAUCGAAAUGUUAUUCGUCGUCAUAUUGAACAAAGUGAUUAUAAUGAAAAUGAACAUCAUUCAUUAGAAGUUUAUGAAAUUCAUAAUCGUGGUGCAUGUAAAUGUCUUGUUGUAUCUUAUGAAGAAAAAACUCAAUAUGGUUCAGAAACACGUUUUGAAAAACAACUUCAACGUAUUGAACGUACAUAUACAGAUGAAGAAUUAAAAUCAGCUGAAUUACAUGUUAUUGUUACAUCAUCAGAUGAAAAUUAUCAAUUAGUACGACGUGAAUAUGCUUUAAAUACAUAUGAUGAUGAUGAUAAAACAUAUGAUAAAACAAGAUAUCCAUCAAUAACAAUACAUUAUUAUACUAAAGAUGGAAUUCGAAUGAGAACAGAACAAAAUAGAAAUCUUGAAAAUUUACCUUUAUUUAUUCGUUGUGAAAUUGAAUAUGAACUUAAUCAUUAUGGUAGUGCACAAUUAAUAAUAUUAUCUGUAACAAGUGCUGAACGUCGUCAAAUGAAUAUUACAGUAAAAAGAGAAACUGUUGAUGAAACAAUAUCACGUAUUAAUGGUCGUUUACCAGCAAAUAGUUCUGAAUUAGAAAAUGAAAUAGCUCGACAAUUAGCUGAACCAAUACCAUUAUUACAUCUUGUUGAUUAUUCAUCACGUGAUGAUUAUAGUCAAACAAAUUCAACUGAUAUACGUCGUGUAUCACGUAUUGAUGUAACAACAUCAUUACGUCUUGUUCAACGUUAUCGUACUGUUAUACAUCGUCUUUGUCAAUCAUAUCGUUCACAUCUUCGUUUAACAACACAAGCUGAACAACAACGUUAUUUAAUAUUAGUUGCACGUGAUGAUUAUUAUUUAUUAGAUUUAGCAUCUCAAAUAUCAAAUGUAUCAACAUUUACAUAUGAUAUUCAACAACCACAACCACAACCAGAAGUAUUUCAACAUGUUCCUCAACAAC